AUGGGCUCUCUUACCCGGUAUUUUAAAGAAAACUCUGACCGCGAGGCGGAGGCCACGGCCGCGACUUCCAAGAUGGCGGAGAUGGAAUCCAUCGAAGAUAUACAGCCACAAAGCCCUCAAAUAUUGGAAUAUUCACUAAAAUCAGUGGACAACAAUACAGAUCUAGACAUCAAAGAGAUAUUAAGAAACUUACCGUCCAAAGCUGAUCUCCAGCAUAUGAUGAGUAAGCUGGAAACUACACUCCACUCCAAAAUGACAGUGAUGGGCUCUGAAGUCCAGCAACUAAAUCUCAAGGUUACCAACCUAGAAGAGGAGAAAGAUGUCAUGCAGGCUCAAAUCACUAAUAUAUCCUCAACUUUGGAAUCACAUAUACAAUUUACGCCAGCUACCCAGAGACACAUGCUCCUUUCGCCUCAUCUCAGACGAGAGAGACAGCCUAGUAACCACAACCACCUGAGAAUUACCACCACAGAUUAA